AUGUCCUCUUUAUCGGGGAAAGAGAGCUGCGCUCAGCACGCCUCCUACGUGGGACCGUACCGGCUGGAGAAGACACUGGGCAAAGGACAGACAGGCUUGGUGAAGUUGGGGGUUCACUGUGUCACAUGUCAGAAAGUCGCCAUAAAGAUCGUGAACCGGGAAAAACUUAGCGAGUCAGUAUUGAUGAAGGUUGAGAGGGAAAUAGCAAUCCUGAAGCUCAUAGAGCAUCCUCACGUAUUGAAGUUGCACGAUGUGUAUGAAAAUAAGAAAUAUUUAUAUUUGGUUCUAGAGCAUGUGUCUGGUGGCGAGCUUUUCGACUACCUGGUAAAGAAGGGCAGAUUAACACCCAAAGAGGCCAGGAAGUUUUUCAGACAGAUCAUCUCAGCACUGGACUUCUGUCACAGUCACUCCAUAUGCCACAGAGACCUGAAGCCAGAGAACCUGCUGUUGGAUGAAAAGAACAACAUCAGAAUAGCAGACUUUGGAAUGGCUUCUCUGCAGGUUGGAGACAGUCUCUUGGAAACUAGCUGUGGAUCUCCUCACUAUGCCUGCCCGGAGGUGAUUAGGGGAGAGAAGUAUGAUGGCAGGAAAGCAGAUGUUUGGAGCUGUGGGGUCAUCCUCUUUGCACUUUUAGUGGGUGCUCUGCCAUUCGAUGACGACAACCUGAGGAAUCUGCUGGAGAAGGUGAAGCUGGGAGUGUUUCAUAUGCCUCACUUUAUCCCUCCUGACUGCCAGAACCUGCUGAGGGGAAUGAUCGAAGUGGACGCGGCCAAAAGACUCACGUUAGAACAGAUACAGAAGCACACAUGGUACAUUGGGGGGAAGAACGAGCCGGAGCCGGAGCAGCCCGUUCCACGGAAGGUGGCGAUCCGUACGCUGCCCUCGGCUGAAGAUAUCGACCCGGACGUGCUGGAGAGCAUGCACUCGCUAGGCUGCUUCCGGGACAAGAACAAACUGAUGAAAGACCUGCUGUCUGAUGAUGAUAACCAGGAGAAGAUGAUCUACUUCCUCCUGUUGGACCGUAAGGAGAGAUAUCCGAGCCAUGAGGACCAGAACUUGCCUCCACGUAAUGAGAUUGACCCUCCAAGGAAGCGGGUGGACUCUCCUCUGCUGACCAGACACAACAAGCGGAGGCCGGAGCGCAAGUCCAUGGAGGUACUGAGUGUAACUGAGGGAGGAUCCCCUGUGCCUGUACGGCGAGCGAUCGACAUGAACCAGCAUGGACAGAGUAAAUCUGUUUUCAUUAAAAGCCUGGAUAUUUCAGAUGCCAACCCCAAAGUGGAAAGCAAAGAUGAAAGGUCACGGUCCAUCAGCGGUGCUUCAUCUGGUCUGUCCACCAGUCCCCUCAGCAGUCCACGGCCUGUGCGACGCUUUUUCAUUCCCCCACAAUCCUCGGAGCUCAUGCAGUCGCCCAACCACAACUCAAGGCUAAAUGGCACCUUCCAGCCAGGCACAGGGGCACAAAACCCAGCACAAAACAACAAAACUCAGACGCUCCCAGCCAAGCCCAAAGGGUCAGAAAAGCCCCUGCAGAGCACUAGAUCAAACCCGCUUCCAAACACCAUGGCCACACCGUUGACUGCCAAGUCUGAGCCAUCGACGCCAUCUACGCCAUGUCAUCCCAUCUCCCCAGCCAUCCCUGUGCCCAACAGCCCAAAGGUGCGCUGGCCGCCCCUGACUGUGCCCCCCAAGCUUUCAGUGCCCCUCUCACAGGCUCCACCUCUCUCUCCCAUCCGCCUGCACCACCUGCACCCGCUGGCCAUGACUGACCACAACGGCAAAUGUAUCCCCACUGUACAGGUGACUCCCCACCCCUCACCCCGCGCCAGCCCCCUGCCAACGCCCAAAGGGACACCUGUGCACACGCCCAAGGAGAGUCCAGCAGGUACGCCGAGUCCCACACCACCCCCCAGUCCCUCUAUCGGGGGCAUGCCCUGGAGGACGCGACUCAACUCCAUCAAGAACAGCUUCCUUGGCUCACCACGCUUCCACCGCAGGAAACUACAAGUACCAACCCAAGAGGAAAUGUCCAGUCUGACGCCGGAGUCUUCCCCUGAACUUGCAAAAAAAUCUUGGUUUGGGAAUUUCAUCAAUUUGGAGAAAGAGGAGCAGAUCUUUGUGGUGAUCCAGGACAAACCUCUGAGCUCGAUCAAAGCUGAUAUUGUGCAAGCCUUUCUCUCUAUUCCCAGCCUCAGCCACAGUGUGGUUUCUCAGACGAGUUUUCGGGCGGAGUACAAGUCCACAGCCGGCCCUGCCGUCUUCCAGAAGCCUGUGAAAUUUCAGGUGGACAUCACCUACACAGAGAGCACGUCAGCCACCAAGGAGAACGGCAUCUACUCUGUCACCUUCACCCUGCUCUCAGGUCCCAGCCGACGUUUCAAGCGAGUUGUGGAGACGAUUCAGGCUCAGUUGUUAAGUACACACGACCAGCCUGCCGUCCAACAGCUGUCUGGCAGCCCGUUGACUAGCUUCUUUGACGUAAUUAAACAGCUCUUUUCAGACGAGAAGUCCGGGCAGGUGUCGCAGCCCCCUGGCACGCCCAAGCACGGUGCCAGCUCCAAGAAACACGAGUCCGACUCUAAUGCCUCCAAGAGCAAAGACAUAUCCAAGGUGGCACCAUCAGUUGGGACACAGGAGCAGCCUUAA